UCUGGUGAAAGACGAGAAGUGCUACAUUUCCACUACACGACUUGGCCUGAUUUUGGUGUACCAUCAUCUCCCAAUGCCUUUCUUUACUUUCUGCACUCAAUAAGACAGACAAAGUCGCUGGAGGCCGAUGUUGGGCCUGCAAUUGUUCACUGCAGUGCGGGCAUUGGGAGAUCUGGAACUUUCUGUCUGGUAGAUUCCUGCCUUGUCAUGGUUGAAACCGCUGGCACUCUUGAUUGUCUGGACGUCAGAAAAUCAUUACUACAGAUGCGCUCGUUUCGGAUGGGACUCAUACAGACAGCAGACCAGUUGCGUUUCUCUUAUCUGGCCAUUAUUGAAGGAUCACGUGCUCUUUUGAGUGAGAGUGGACUUGGCAGCGUGCAGACGAAACACCCUUUCAGUGAUGAGAACAGCAUAGAAAACCUAGCACCCCAGCCUCCAGAAAGAACCACCAGCCUUCACCCUCCAAAUUCACCGUUUCCAAAUGUCUUAACCAUAUCUAAUGGAGGUGAUGAAGAACCGCCACUUCUACCACCAAAGAAGAGUCCUGUGUCCCAGCCGCCAGACUUUUUUGGCUUCGAACCAGAUUUGAGUCAGAAGUCCGGAGAUGCAGUCAGGCAGUCAUCCCUAGAUGAUGAUAAUGAUACCAAUGACUCCACCAGACUCAGACACCUUGGUAGACACGAAGGUGACGAGUGCGAUGGUGGAGGUGAUAAAGAAGAAGAAAUCAGGGCAGCAGAUGUCAGACAUCAGAUCAGGGAAAACCGGAAGAAGGAGACACUGGAAAAGAUUCGUCUGAUGAAGGAAAAACAGAGAAAAAGCGAGCGCUGGCGACAGUACCGGCCAUAUCUUCGUCAUUCCAUAUAUUUUGGCUUAGCAGUUGUCGUUGGUGUGGCAGCUUUUGUUGCAGCCAGAUAUUUGUUGUAA